UGACAGUUCCGCACUAUUGGCUGACAGCAGGGGGACUCUUACCUGUACCUGUGGGAGGGAGUGCCAUUCGUCAUCGUCCGACUCCAAAUCAGGAUCAACUUUUCCUUCUUCUAGCAGCCCAAAGAGGUAGAAGUCAGCCAGGACGGCUUGGAAGUGAACGAACGACUGCUGCAGGACUCCGAGCAUGGAGCCUAUAACGUCGUGGAGCGAGGAGAGAGUCGGCAAGUGGCUCCAAGGUCUGGAUGCACCCCUGCAUCAGUACCCAAUAUCAGAGUGGCAUUUGUCGGGUUUGGAUCUGCUUCAGCUGACCUGUCAGGACUUGGAAAAUUUGGGACUACAUAAGAUUGGACACCAGGAACUAAUACUGGAGGCUGUGGAGAAACUCUGCUCUCUGACGUAUGGUAUGGGCGGUGAGAACCUACGCAGUCUGACAGAGAAGCUGCGUGCCGUGGCCCACACCCUCCAGAUGGGCAUCCAGGGUCGCUGGCGCCUCAACAGCUACGAUGGACGCAGCACCACCAAGCUGCCUGCUGUCAUUCUGCAGAUGGUAGUGGAGCUCAUCACAUCUGCCAAAGGACUCUUCUCUUUGCUCAACAGGUAUCAGUUUUCUCAGCUCAGUGGAUGCACCUCCACCAAGAACAUAUUCAACUACUGCAAAGAGCUGGGAGAUGUAGUCAACAAGGAUACCACUGUCUAUGAAAAGGAGAAGGACAUCAUAUCUGUAUGCCGUCAGUUGGUGUCUGUGUGUGAUGAGAUCCUGAGUUCGAGCCCUGAGACUCUUCUUACCCACAGUGCUCAGCUGGAGAGUGUCGACCUAGUGCCUGUGUCACCUGGUGAUCAUCUGGGUAUUGAGAUAACAUCCACCAGCUCCAGUAACCACUUCGUGACCGGGACUGCUGCUGAGUCUUCAGAUGAUGCCUAUUUGAAGAUUUUGGCUGGAGAUGAGGUGAUUCAAGUCAAUGACCAGAUAGUGGUGGGCUGGAGCAGAGCUAACCUUGUGAAGAAGCUGCAGGAGAAUCCCAGCGGUGUGACUCUGGUGCUGAAGAAGAUUCCCGGGUCAGUGCGACUCAGAAACCCUGUCCGGCUCUCCUCCAGACAGAAGGAGGAAGAGGAGAAGGAAGAGAGGUCAGAGGGGGAAGACGACGAAGACGAGGAAAACCCGAGACACUCCAUCUUUGAGAGGGUAGCAGCCUCCGUCAGGUCUCUGUCUUUUAGGAAAGCCGUUCAUGGGCCAGAGGUACAUCAACAGCCUGCAGGACAGGACGAAUCAGAGUUGUCCUCUGAUAGUCAGCUGGAUGGGACUCUGAAUCUACCUUUAUAUCAAAGCCAGCAGGGAGGGCUGUCACCACAGUCAGCCUCAGGGGAUUUUGAGAGUUUAAGGCUCUCACCAAGACUGAGACGAGACCGGUCUCCUUCACCCAGAAGUCCUUCUCCCUUUGGGUUAUCCAGAAGUUCUUCACCUCUGGGAGUCGACCAGGAAACAGCCAGCAUAAGUUCCUGCCCUGAAAUGGUGGGACACACGGGCAAUAAGGACACAAACAACAGCUCAACAAAAGGAAAGACGACGGCUAUGAGUCGGCGCCGUGUGUCCUGCCGCGAGCUGGGCCGACCCGACUGCGACGGCUGGCUGUGGAAGAAGAGGCGGGAGAGCAGUGUCUUCAUCGCCCAGAAGUGGCAGCGCUUCUGGUUCAUCCUCAAGGGGCCGUGUCUUUAUUGGUACACCACUCAACAGGAUGAGAAGGCAGAGGGUCUUGUCAAUAUAGCCAGCUACAACAUAGAGAGCGCUGGAGAGCACAAGAGAAAAUACGUGUUUAAAAUGUGCCACCAGAGGUUUCACAACUUCUUCUUUGCUGCUGAAAAUGUCACUGACAUGAGCAAGUGGAUCAACUUUCUGAUCUCAACCAUACAGAAGCACAAGAAGUUUCACACAGGCCCAGACAGUGAAGAAGAAUGUUACAGUGAGACUGAAUCAGAAAGCGAGACAUCACCUUCACCUCGUAGAAGAAACAAGAAAGUGCAGUCCCACACUCUGCCUCGCCCCAGGGGGAAGACGAACAAGGUGCCAUUAACUAGUGUUGUGACAGGGGGCAGCAAAGGAACAGAAGGAGGACCAGUGGAUGAGAUGGGCAUGAUGUUAAACAACAUAAAGGAAGGAGGGGUCUCUCUGAUAGGCCAUGAGCAGCCCUUCACACACGACCACUUCAGGAAAUCGUUUAUUCGCCGCAACAAGAACCCAAUCAUCAAUGAGAAGGCGCACACACUCAGAGCACUUCAGAGCACUCUCAAGGCCAAAGAGGUGGAGCUGCUGCACAUCAACAAACUCUUAGAGGAAUCAGAUCAGUCAGCUUCAAAGUAUCGUCAGUGGAAGGGGAAUAACGAGGAACUGGUUAAAGAAAUCGAGAGACUGGCCACACUCAAGUCCAGCAAAGGUGCUGAGGGCGCAACAAUGCAUGACACGCCCAUUGAGGAGGUUGCCUUGGAAACCGUCGAUAAGGAAACAGCCUCCUCGGAGACAGAGGGCGCAUACAGACUGAGCCUCAGCGACGGGGAGCAGCUCGUGGACGCCGAGCCGGCUGAUAUUCACCUGGAGAUCCCACAGGGUUCUCCGAGCCCAAGUCCCGUGUUAGAACUCUCUUUGGGCUCGCUGCAGGAUUCAAUAAAUGAAAAGCUGAGUGAAAUGGUGGAGAGCGGAGAAGCCGCCGAGAACUACUUCUACAUUUAAACCCCACACUUGAACAGUCACAUCACUGUAAAGUUGCUCUGUUUACUAGAAUCAGACAUGAGGUUUUUCAUGCAGAGGUUGAGAGAGAUUUGACUGUGUCUUAUGCUGACAUAAUAGGAUUGGUACAAAUUGCCAAUAAAUCUGCACUUUAAUCAAGUAUGUCAGUGAAAUGCAUCAGUGCAGAUUUGGACUUGCUCACAACAAAUAUGUCAAGUUUACAGCAGAGAAAAUGAACAAUUUGCCAAGAAUCAAUCUGAGAUCAGUAUGGAUUUAUGCGAUUCUAAAGCCAUCUUGCUUUCCUAAUGAUAGAAAGUAGAACUUUCUUAAAAUGUAAUGAGAAUUUGUAAUAUAAGUCAUGACUAUGUAAUGUGAUAUGUAAAUACAGUUUUACUAUAAAUACUGUAUGUAUUUGUUUAUUGACAGUACCUUAAUAAAAGGUAUCAAUUUUAAACAUUUGCUUCAGAAAUACUUGAGAUUGAGAUGUUUUCUCUGUAAUCUGUUCAGCCUUUUUUCCCAUGUGAGAACAAAGUGUACUUCACCACGUACAUGUAAAGACACAAAGUAUGAACCUUAUAGUGGAGCUGUGUGACAGCUCUGGAUCCGUCUCUUUAUUGCCCAAGGCUGCCGCGAAUGCAGCAAAUCAAGUUGAGACUCCUUAAUCGCUGAGAGGUCUAUUCACUGUAGUAUCGAUCAACCUAAUAAAAACGGAGCAAUGAUGAUCACUGAAA